GCGACGGGCGGGGGCGGAGAGUGGGGGGCUGGGAGGCGGAGAGGCUGCGAGGCCCGAGCGUGAGGAGUGCGUGUGGACAGAGUGGCCGCCGUGUCGUGGGGUUCCUGCAGCCGGGCGGGCGGCGGGCGGCGGGCAGCGAUGCCGGGUCGCUGCGGGGGCCCCAGCAGGUCCGGGCGGGCGGCCCCGCGGCCGUGGGGGAAAAGAUGGGGUGCUGGGCCGUGUCGAGGCCGUGGAGCCAGGCGCCAGGCGAGGUCUUCGGUCGGGGAGACGCGCUGUGUGGGUGCAGAGAAUAGGCGAGGCCGGCGGCGGCCUUGGGGGAGGAGACGAGCUGUGGAGCCCACGGACCCCGCCGCCGGUGCGGACGACGAGACAGCCGGGAGCGCAGGCUCCACGGAGGCUGCAAGGGAUUCCAGAGCCGUGUGGGUGAACGGAGCCGUGGGGGAACCCCAGGUGGUGGGGCCGGUCGGCUCCGUGUGGGUGACUGGGUCAGGGCAGGAGGAGGAGUCUGACGAUAGCAGCCCCCGGGGCUGCGACAGGAAAGGCCGGCCGGGCUCCGAGAGCAUCCUGGAGCUGUGGCUGAAGGUGCGCGCUAUGAGGGCGGCUUCAGGCUGCACGGGAGGAAGCCGAGUGGAGCUGCAUCCUGUCGCUGCAGGGGAGGGACCCGUGGAGCUGGGAGUCCCUGGCCAAGCGUCGUGGGUGGAGACCAGCCGCUGUGGCCUUACCGGACCCUGGGUGAAGGGACAGACCAGGGCCUUCCUGCCGGCCACCGCUGCUGUCCUCUCUAUGCCUGACAGGUUAGGGGCAGGUGGCGCCCCCAGCUUCUGUGGGCAGGGACAGGUGGGCAGAGUGCCACCUCCUCCCCGUGUACCUGGCCAUACAGAGGAGGCCGGUUCUGAGAUCACCACACAGGUCCUGGGGCUGGGACAAGCCAUGCAGGUGCCUAGAGCUGGAGAGGAGGCAGGCUGUGGGGUGGUCCCUGGCUGCUGGGGGAAGGGGCAGAGUGCGGGAGUGCGGGAGGCGCUGGUGGGACAGAGAGGCUGUGGGGGAGCCCCGCGACUGUGGGAGAGGGGGCAGUCAGUACAGGUUCCCAGGUUACUGGCCCAAGAGGCCAUUUGUGGGGAUAUCCCAGGUUUGUGGGGUAGGGGCCAGGCCAUGGGGGUGCCUAAUGUUGUGGGGGUCCCCAGAGAAGUGGAGAAGGACACAGCCUCGAUGGGUGUCCCAGGCCUGUGUCCCAGGAGGCAAGAAGAUGAGGAUGUGGGCCCUGGGAUGAUCCCUGCCUUGUGGGGCACGGGACAGCCCUCCAGGACACCCUGUGGUACAGAAGAGGAAGCUCGCUGUGGGGGUGACCCCAGAUUCAGGGAACGUGGACAGUCAGUGUGGGUAGAGACAGGUUGCAGGGGUGGCCCCGAGUCGUGGGCAGCUGUGCAGGCCGCAGAGCUCUGUGGUUCUGGAGGUGGCCCAGGGAUGUGGGGAGCCAGGCAGCCGCUAGAGGUGUGCCAGGCUGGCCUAGUCAUGGCGGAAGAGAGCAGCUGUGGUGAUGUGGUGAGGCUGUGGGACAGGCCACAGGCUCUGGGGGCAUCUCCAGCUGAGGCGGUGGCAGGGCUUGUCCGGGAGGAGACAUACAGUGGGGACACCCUGCGGGUGUGGGAAAGGGGGCAGGGCAUUGGGCAACAAGAGGUGCCUGUGCCCGCAGCAGCCGUGCAUCAGCGGGCAGGCUGCGGGGGUGUCUCCUGUCUGUGCGGGGCAGGGCAGACGUCAGGGCUGUUGGAGACAGUGGCAAUGCCCACAGCUGCAACUGCGCCCAGGCACAGAUGUACCGCUGUAGCUGGGGUUUGCACAGCUCUGGGCGGGCCCUCCAGAGUGUCCACUGCCGCAUGGGCAUGUGAGCCUUUCUGCCAGGAGGGUGGCUCCAGGGGUGUCUGGGACCUGUGUGGAAGGGCUCAUGCUGUCGCCAGACCCCCAGCUUCACGGGGGCCCAUGGCGGCUGAGGACCUAUGGUUCUUAGGGCAGGAUCCCGGUUCUGGGGCUUUCCCAGGUUCCUGUGGACCAGGACAGGCACUUGAGGCGCCUGGGCUGCUUUUGGAGGAGCCCAACUCUGAGGAUGUCCCAAGGUGUUGGAGAAGGAGGCUGAGUGACGGGGUUCCCAUGGCCCAUGAGGGAUCCUCAGCCCCUGGGACAUUUGCAGCCCUGGAGGUGGAGACUGGGCCUAGUGGCUUUUCAGAGAUGCUGGGAAGGAGAACGACCACCGGCAUACCUGUGGCUGCAAGGGUAGCCAUAGCUGGAGGGGUGCCAGGGGCUCCCAGAAUGCCCCAGUGUGCGCAGGAUGAAGCUGGCUGCAGCAGCAUCUCUGGUUUGUGGGGGAGAAGAGAGACAGUGGAGGGCCCAGCAGAUGCCAAGGCUCCCAGGAAGGCAGGGGUACCUGCCUCUGUUAGGCCACCUGGGCUUACAGGGGAGAAGACUGGCCCAGGGGGCGUCUGGUGCUUGACAGGAGGGAGGCAGCAGGCUAGGGUGCCUUCGCCUGCUGGGGCAGACAUACUGUCAGGGCGGGGCCUGGGUGGGUUGCCAAGAGCACAGACUGCAGAGGUGCCUGUGGUGGCAAGUGCUUCUGGGCUGCCGGGGCCAGCGGUGGGAGAUGGGAACUCUGAUGAUGGCCAGGGUGUGUGGGGCAGGAGAGCAGCCACCGAGGCGCCCACUGUUGCUGGGGCUCCUGGGCCCGUGUCUGGGGAAGAUGUCACCAGCCUGCGGGGGAGGAGGCAUAGUGGAACAGCCCCUGGGAUGGUGAGAGUACCCCUGCCUGUGGGGGUGCUUGCUGCUGUAGGGGUGCCUACAGCUGGGCAUGCACCCUCUGCGGUGUGGGUGACCGCAUCCACAGCAGACGAGGCAGGCGCGAGUGUCUCAGGUCUGAUGGAGGGGAGGACUCGGGCCACAGAGGGAGCGCCGUGCUCAAAGGAGAUUGUGGCGGGUAGAAGCAUGUGGAAUCCUGCAGGGAGGAGACGGGCCAUGGGAGUGUCUUCCAGCUGUGGGCAUGGGGCCAGGUUAUGGACCUGCCCGAGUUGUGUAGAUGAAGAAAUAGCCCCUGAGGAUGUGCCAGGAACAUCAGGGACAAGUACAGCAACUGUGGGUAUACCCCCAGUUUCAAGGCAGGAGAAGGGCCUGAGCCAUUUCAGAGAUGGCCCCCAGCAGAACUGGGGAGCACAAGUUGGAGAGGUGUGUAGUCUCAGAGUAAGGGGGCACAGUGUGGGGGAGAUGUACAUGGGGGAAGACAGAUUGAGGGGGUCUUUUCAGUAG